UUUUUUGUCUAAAGAAGUUUACUUCUACAAGAGGGAAUCUGAAAAAUGACAGGGACAAAGAGGAAAAAGAAAGGCAUGCUGUGGAGCAAGAUGCAAACCCCCCAUUGCGAAGACUUUAAACAGUGGUGUCGAAGGCGUCUGCCUAUUCUGGAAUGGGCACCACACUACAAUCUGAAAGAAAACUUGCUUCCAGACACCAUGUCUGGAAUAAUGUUGGCAGUUCAACAGGUGACACAAGGGUUGGCCUUUGCGAUUCUUUCAUCCGUGCAUCCUGUGUUUGGUUUAUACGGGUCUCUGUUUCCUGCCAUCAUUUAUGCCAUAUUUGGAAUGGGACGUCAUGUUGCUACAGGCACCUUCGCCUUGACAUCCUUAAUAUCAGCCAACGCAGUGGAACGGCUUGUCCCUCUGAGCAGCCAGAACUUCACCACACAGAGUAACACAAGCACACUGGGUUUAUCGGACUUCGAGCUGCGAAGGAUUGGUGUUGCCGCAGCUGUUUCCUUCUUGGGAGGUGUGAUUCAGGUGGCCAUGUUUGCACUGCAGCUGGGCAGUGCCACCUUCCUGCUUACGGAGCCCGUGAUCAGUGCGAUGACGACCGGGGCUGCCACCCACGUUGUGACUUCACAAGUCAAGUAUCUCCUGGGAAUGAAAAUGCCAUAUAUAUCUGGACCACUUGGAUUCUUUUACAUCUACGCAUAUGUCUUUGAAAACAUCAAGUCUGUCCGACUGGAGGCACUGCUGUUAUCUUUGCUGAGUAUCGUGGUGCUCGUUCUGGUUAAGGAGCUGAAUGAACAGUUUAAAAGGAAAAUUAAAGUUGUCCUUCCUGUCGAUUUAGUUUGGAUUAUUGCUGCGUCAUUUGCUUGUUAUUGUACCAAUAUGGAAAUCACAUAUGGAUUAGAAGUAGUUGGUCAUAUUCCAAAAGGAAUCCCUCCACCUAGAGCUCCCCCCAUGAAUGUCCUCUCUGCAGUAAUCACUGAAGCUUUUGGAGUGGCACUUGUCGGCUAUGUGGCCUCCCUGGCUCUGGCUCAAGGAUCUGCUAAAAAAUACAAAUAUUCAGUUGAUGACAACCAGGAAUUUUUGGCCCAUGGCCUCAGCAAUGUGAUUCCUUCAUUUUUCUUCUGCAUACCAAGUGCUGCCGCCAUGGGAAGGACUGCCGGCCUGUACAGCACAGGCGCGAAGACACAGGUGGCUUGUUUAAUAUCUUGCAUUCUUGUCCUGAUAGUCAUCUACGUGGUAGGACCCUUGCUUUACUGGCUGCCCAUGUGUGUUCUUGCAAGUAUUAUUGUUGUGGGACUGAAGGGAAUGCUAAUACAGUUUCGAGACUUAAAAAAAUAUUGGAAUGUGGAUAAAAUUGAUUGGGGCAUCUGGGUCAGUACAUAUGUAUUUACAAUAUGCUUUGCUGCCAACGUGGGGCUGCUGUUUGGUGUGGUCUGUACCAUAGCUAUCGUUAUCGGUCGCUUCCCAAGGGCAAAGACUCUGAGUAUAAAAAACAUGAAAGAAAUGGAAUUGAAAGUGAAGACAGAAAUGGAUGGUGAAACCCUGCAGCAGGUGAAAAUUGUCUCAAUAAACAACCCUCUUGUUUUCCUGAAUGCAAAGAAGUUUCAUACUGAUAUAAUGACCAUAAUCCAAAAAGAAAAUGUGAGCAACCAGCUACUGGAUGAUGUCAGCAAGUGUGAACAAAACACAUUGCUCAAUUCUCUAUCCAACGGCAACUGCAAUGAGGAAGCGUCCCAGCCUGGUCCAAGUGAGAAGUGCUUUUUAAUCCUGGAUUGCAGUGGAGUGACUUUUUUUGACUAUUCUGGAGUCUCCAUGCUUGUUGAGGUUUAUAAUGACUGUAAGAGCAGAAGUGUGGAUGUCUCGUUAGCCCAUUGCGCAGCUUCCUUGGUAAAAGCAAUGAAGUACUGUGGAAACCCAGACUCAGAGAAACCAAUUUAUUUUGAUUCAGUAUCUGCUGCACUAAGUAACAUCUACUCAAAUAAGAAUUUGAGCAAACUCAGUGAUCACAGUGAAGUCUGAGACCCUUUUGCUGCAGUUCAGCUCUUGCCUUUAGCAACUGCCCUGAAGAGGCCGUACUCUGGCAUUUUGCACAACCUUUUUUGUUGUUGAGAUCCUGCAGAUGACCUCGACUGUAAGGAGGAUGUGACUUAAUGACCACGUAGCCACGGGUCGAGAAUUUACCAGCAAUUUUUCCUAAUCUUUGCUUGUAAGCAUAUUUACUUAGUAGGUUAUUGUAGAGUUAUUUUAUAAAAAUUGGUAUGCAUUUAGUUUUAGUGUACUAAAAGGUAAACAUGAAUUUAUUUCCUUUGCCACAGUAUUUUGUGUUUUAUUUCUGUUUCGUUGUAAGUAAACUUGCAAAACUGAGAAACACUUUGCAUAAGAGAUUUAGAACAUUUGCAAGACAUUUGUAAAAAUCCAGGAUCAUCUGUAACUAAUACAUAAAAACAACUUAGCAAAUGUGCCAUGUUCCUCUCCAAAAAACAAGCCAGUAAACAUCAAUAAGAUUAAAUGUUUCUUUACAGUAUGAUAUGAAAUUCACAGAAAUUAACUCCAACAAAAACAAAUGGCAAACUAGAAGCCAUUGUUCUUCAUGUCUUUCCAUGCAAGGAAGUUUUCAAGACUAUUUUCAAGAUAACCAGUGUCCCAGUGAAACCAAGUUCUUGAUAGUAGUCUGUGUUACUCUGAAUAUUGGAAAUGCUUAGUCCUAAAUUCUGCAUUCCAAACCCCAAAAGUCUCUGUUUUUACCUUAGGUUUCAUUGGAGCCAGAGCAUAUGGAAGUUGCACGUUUUAUAUUUUGUCACAAAUGUGAUUUUUAGAUGAGAAAAUAAAUAACACCAGUAGAAUAGCUUUGUGCUAUUCUAAUAUACAAUUAAUUGUAGUAGUUUGGAACUUUCCUAUUUCAGAGAAACAGCCAAUAUAAUAUAAUACAUUUAUCUCUCUAUCCACUUAGGUCUCCAUUGUAUGUUUUUCUUUCUCUUUUGCCAGAGUAGAACUUAGAUAUGCAAUUAUCUGUAAAA